AUGGCGGAAACAAAUCUAACCAAAGAUGAAGCACAGACAACUGCAUUUGAAGAUCUUCGGUGCUUACCUUUUUUGGCAGGUGGAUUACAACCACAAUCACUCUAUUCUUCAGCUGCAGUUUACAUUAUUUUCUCUAUUACAACAAUUCUUGGGAAUUCUCUUAUCCUUGUUGCCCUUCACAAAGAAUCUUCCCUUCACCCGCCGUCCAAACUCUUGUAUCGAUGUCUGGCAACAACUGACCUGUUGGUUGGUAUUUUUAGCCAGCCUAUGAUGGCUACUUAUUUCAUGUCCUUGGCUAACGAUAACUGGGGUCUUUGUCGAUACGCAAGCCACGCCGCCUUCACAACAAGCUACACAUUUUGCGGAGUUUCUUUAUUGACGAUGACGGCCAUAAGCGUGGACAGGCUUGUAGCCCUAUUGUUGGGACUGAGAUACAGACAAACUGCAACUUUGAAACGCACAUAUAUUAUGGUAGCUGCCUUUUGGGUUUUAUCAAGUUUAAUCUGUUUGUGCUGUAUUUUAAAUUGCCGUAUAGCCUUAUGGCUUGGUCGUAUAAGCAUAUCACUAUUUCUGCUAAUCUCAAUCACCUCGUACACAAAGAUUUUUCGUACUCUCAGUCAUCAUCAGGCUGAAGUACAACAUCAUGUCCAACAACAGCUGAGCCAACCAAAUGCAUUGAACAUGGUGAAAUACAGAAAAGCGAUGUACAGUGCACUGUGGGUGCAGUUUGCAUUAGUUGUUUGUUAUAUACCAUAUUUUAUAAUAGAAACUUUGAUCAGCCAAAGCAACACAGAAUCAUUGCACUUAGUCGUCUUCUGGCGGUUGACGAUAGGCUUAGUUCAAUUUAAUUCUACAUUAAAUCCGUUUCUUUACAGCUGGAAGAUUAGAGAAGUGAGACAAGCAGUGAAGCAGACAUUAAGACAAGCUUUUUGCUGUCCGUGGAGCUAGAUCCUUCUCGGGUUUCACUCCUAUAUAUACUUGAUUGCUUCAUGAUGCUUCUGGAUACUGAACGCUUGUCGGAUCUUUAAUGCAAAGGAAUAUAUAAGAAACUGGAAAAACAUUCUGCCUCACUUAUUAUCGAAGAUAAUUUACAGGAAAUUUUUCCCGCGAGAGACAAUGUUUCUAUCCUUUAUGGUCCUGUGACAUAAAACUUUUGUAUCUAUAAAAGGAACUUUUAGAGUUUAUCGACGGAAUGACAUAUCAGUGAGAGAAUUACUCGUUACAAAGAAAUUGACAAAGAGUUAUAUUUAAUGCAACUGUGGGAGGAAAUUGGCUUCUCUUGUGACAGAAUUGAGUAUUGGAAUUGUAAAUGAUUUAAUUUUGGAGGAAGGUGGGCUGCAAUCUUUAAUCGAAAUGUUUCCUUUAUCAUAAAUCAUUUCUUGAACUGACAAGCUUGUUCGGUCAGGAUGUCUGGUUAAUAAUAAUAAUGUUGCAAGAUGUUGCGUUAAAAUGUUGCGUGCGUGUGGCCCGGCCGGUCACGCAAAAGGGUUUGAUUGAUCGUGACCGGCCAGGUGCCGUUGAUAGGAAAUAUCUGUCGUUGCAAAUACAGGUAACUAGCGGGCAAAAGGAAACGACCGUAUAUUGAACUGCACGGCGACAACUAAUGAUAUAGGAGGUCUAACACAAACGAACACCAGGUUUGGAAAGUGGCUUUUCAACCUUUCUGGCUGAUGAGUUGCCGGCAUCAAGCAGCCAUUUCCUUCUCUGCGGUGUACUUUCUCCUCUCAUCACAGCAUCUCCUGGCAACUCUCUUGUCCUUGUUAUAAACAGUUGUCAACUUGAAUUUGUUUUGUCAUUAGAAAAAUAUCCGCAUUGCCUAUAAAUGUUUGAAAAUGUCAUUGAUAAUAACAAACAUUGUGUAAGGGGGUGUAUGGAUUUAAAUAAACACUUUCCUUUUCUUAAUGAAUUCUUUCCAAAACCUAUAAUUUUCCGAGACUAAACGUGAGACUCCAUCUCCGUUCAGCUAAAGGUGAAUUUCUACCUGAGAAGACGACAUUUACAAUAAUUAUGAAAUACUAAUAGUAUCAAAGAUGUCUGUCUAUACGUUUGACUCUUAAAGCUCACUUGUUCCUAUUUUAGUCACGUCUCCUAAUGAUCUUUCAUCGAUAGGGAGCUAAUCAAGUGUCCAUAUCAUCUGCAUAAAAUUAUGCAUCAAACCAUUAAAAUGUAAAUGAAUUCUAAUAUUAAAAAGAAGCUUAAAUCUGAGGGGUUCCGGAAAAAAGCAAUCAACUCUUUGGCACAACAGACAAUUUGUUUACGCACUUUGAAUGAACAAACGCUGAUGAGGAAGUCUCUACUUGUUUAUUGAAGGAAGUUUCAGUCAUCGUCGCUCAGCGUAUGCUGCUUAAACGAAAUAUUUCUCGUCACCAGUUGCCUUAGUACAAGAAAAGGGAAACGGUUACAGAACAAUGUCGGCACUCAAAGGUUCCUGGGAAAAAAUGAUUUUUUUUUUUCAAGAACAGAAACCUACAAGGAAGAGGGAACGCCGAAGACAGAAUUAUGUCGACAACAAAUUUCAGUAGCGGUAGAAGUCACACGAAAUCAUUUGAAGAACUGCUAUGCUCUCCCUCUUUGAUGGGUGCGCAUCAACAACUAUCAAUUUGUUUCUUAGCAGUUCAGAUUCUCCUCUCCAUCACAGCAUUUGCUGGAAAUUCUCUGAUCCUUUUUGCCCUUCACAAGGAAUCUUCCCUGCAUCCGCCGUCCAAACUUCUGUAUCGCUGUCUGGCAACCACUGAUCUGUUGGUUGGUCUUGUUGCUCAGCCUCUCUAUGCUGCCUAUUGGAUGUCCUCGGUUCAGGAACACUGGAGCCUUUGUCGAUACGCAUUUGACGCAGCCUACAUCACAGGCUAUAUAUUGUUUUAGUGUCUUUGAUGACGAUGACGGCCAUAAGCGUGGACAGACUUCUCGCCCUGUUGUUGGGACUAAGAUACAAGCAAAUUGUAACUUUGAAGCGCACGUAUAUUAUUGUAACUACCUUUUGGAUUUUUAACCUUGUGGCCUCUUUAAGUGGAUUUUUUCAUCGCCCCAUAAUCUUUUUAUACAGCUUCCUAGUUACAUCAUUUUGCCUGGUAAUAUCAGUCGCAUCGUACACAAAGAUUUUUUGCAGUCUCAGACAUCACCAAGCACAAGUACGAGAUCAGCAACAGCUGAGCCAAACAAAUGCACUGAACAUGGCGCGAUUCAGAAAUGCAGUAUACAGUGCACUGUGGGUGCAGUUAGCAUUAGUUGUUUGUUAUGCCCCAAUAUGUACAGUCGAAACUAUUCUUAGUUGUCACUCGGAAAGUAGCAGUUACUUUUGUUUACUUUAACCCGACCUUAAACCCGUUUCUUUAUUGCUGGAAGAUUAGUGAAGUGAGACAAGCAGUGAAGCAGACAAUUAGAGAAGCACUUUGCUGAGUUAUGUUUCCCUCGAGUUGUUCUUCGGACUUUCAAAGCAGACUCAUUAAGUGACGAUUAUUAUUAGAGCGCAGUCGUUAUAUAAGUUAUUGGAUAAAAAAAAAAUAAGUGGCUCAAUGGAAUAGUCGCACAAGCUGUUGUCGAUAGUCCGAGAAUAAUUUAACGACAGACUAGGUGACCCUAGCUAUGUGUUUUCAAAAAUAAAAUUUCUUGCCGCUAUGCUAAAAUACAACAUGUCAUAAGCGAAGAAAAUAUAUGCAAACAUUUUAGUUUCAUGUUUUCUUCUCUUAGCAAUGAGAAGGCAUCAGAUAAAACUUCAAAGAGUAGUUUGAGAGAUGUGUUUGAGGCCGAUGUUGUGUGUUACGAGAAAAAUAUUUCAACUCAUUUUUCCUAUAAUUAAAAGAAAGAGCUUGACUUUGAUGUUGACGCCAUAUUGCCAAAAGAGACGGUCCAGUUUUAGUCUUGAAUUUGUUUUGUCAUUAGAAAAGUACUCGUAAAGCUCAUGAGAAAAAGUUUUUGUUACUUGUAUGUUUAUCUUAAGGUUACGAAAGAAUACGAAAUAAAAAUUGACCAUCUCUGUUAUUAAUAUUGGCAAAGGCGUAAAAGCAAGUUUCGCAUUAUUUGUAUAGAGGUCACCAUAUGUUCAGUUUGUCGCUGGUGUAUCUCUAGGUUGUCUCUUGGUUUUACGGAUUUUAUUUCUUCCAUUUCCGAGCGAUUAACAUUCUGCUGUCCUUAAGUUCCGCAAAUUUUUCUAUCGAGUCGUUUUCAAAGCUUUUGUAUGAGCUUAGAAUUUGCGUCAAUAUCAUACCAUCCUAAAAAACGGCAUGGUUAUUUCACCCAUUAAAGAAGUGAUAAAAUUGAUCUUUUAACAAUAAGGAGUUCCAUAUUGCAUUGUGAAACAAAAAAUGUAGCCCAUGUUUUUGUGUUUGCCUCGGGAAUUCACUUUCAGUGCAAAUUUAAUGUUCUUGAUUAAUAAGUUUUAAUGCUUCCGUCUUUGUUUUGAAUUAUCAAAGAGAAUAAGAAAGAAAAUUCCCUGGGAAAGAACUCUUGUUAAAGGAGGGAUUCGCAUCUUUUAGCGAUUAAAUCUUUCAUCUGGUUUGUCUGUCGACUAAUCCUUCGUCGGUAAAUAAAAUAAAUGAUUAGAAACCGGAAUAAAAUGUUGAAUCUGUAGGGACUAAUUAUUCUGCAAAAACGAAAUUUGAUUUCACCCCAAACUUAAAACGAGGCUGCGUGUCUUUGGUGGUUAACUAAUCUCUCCUAAUCUCUGACAAGGUAUUUUUAACAAUUGUUUCGUGCGUCUGUGUGUGGUCAUUAAUAUACGAUGCACGCAGGAAUUUUGGAGAUUUUGAAAGAUACGCUGGAGUUGCUUAAGACUCUGAUCGUAGGUUCAUAAAUAAUAAAUGCUGUUGAUGUAGGUUUAACAAGGUGUAAUUUUUUACUCGACUUCGUGUCGGGAAUUAUUCAACAAUAUCACUUCGUCCUAGGCAAAUACUUGUUGGAUAUUUUUAUCGAUUGUUUGUAGUUUUUAGUUAUCCAUUCCUUCAUUUUCCUUCUCGAUCAAUCGAUUAUCAUUUUCACUUUAGCAUAGCCAUAUAACCCUGGUUAUCGUAAGAGAAUGGCGAAUCGCUCAGGGGAAUUAAGAAAUUCAGACACCUGCCGUAUACAUGAGAGCCCGCUAAGUAUCAAACUUGUUUUUCUUCUCUUUUCGCGGACAAGAUGUUGGCAGAGAAAAAUUUCAAAACUAAGGUAUAAUAAAUUGUCUUAUAAUUUUUCUAGGACAAUCUGGAAAAAGCGGGAGAUGAAAAUAGAGAAUGUAAAAGAAACAGCAAAUAUUGUUUGAACCAGUAAUUUCCUGCUUUCCUUUUGCUCCGUUUUUCGUUUGAUCGAAGACGAAACGGAGUUAAAAGAGCCACGAAAUGGUACUAAUUAAGCAGCUAAAUUCAAAUGUCCUCAAUUAAGUUUGCAACUGUGGCCAUACAUUAAUUUUGAAUCGUUAUAUGCAUUCAAAUUACUGGACUGUUUGUCAUGGAUUUGACAUCCUUAGCUGAACCCUUCUUUAUUUUAAGCUUGCUGAGGCUGAUAAUGAUUCAAGGCUCAACCUUACACAAAUGAUAUGGACAUUUGAUUGACACCUUAUCAAUGCACUAGAUUGUAUAGACAUCGGCCUUCGAUGGUUCUAGAUUAUCAAUUAUUAGCACUGCUGCUCGGCGUUUCUUCGCUCCCGAGUCGUGUGACUCAAAGUUUAAAACUUACUCAUGGGUGAACUAACUCGCACUGAAGCCUUAAUAGCAAAUACCUUCUGGUAGGUUAAUUAAAGCGGGAUUGUUUGUUGCAUCAUGAAAAAAAUAAUCUUAAAGAUGUCUUUAAAUAUAUCUGCCUCUUAUUACUAUUUCAUGCGUGAUGUACAUGACAAGUUAGACACACAAAAAAGGCCUUUUUGACACAGCAGACAAUUUUUUGACGUAUUUCAAACGUGUAAACAAUAGUCAGGAAGUUUUCAUUUGAGAUAUUAUUUAGGAGAUAGGGUUUCAGUGAUCGUCGUUGUGCAAUUGGCGUUUACUAAAACGAAAUGUUUUUCUGGUUGCUAUCAUAGAUAACCUCAUGACAAGAAUAAUGUCAACUUUUGAAAAAGUAUAUAUAAAAAGUAUAUAGUUUAAUGCUGGUCUCUGUUUAAGUUGUCUUCAAGUUUUAUUGAUCCUAUGUCUACCAACUCCGAGUAAUUAACUGUUCCUAACUUUCACUCCUUUUUCCUUGAACUUGUUUCCCGAAGCUUUUUUGGAAUUCAGAAUCUACCCCAAUACGGGGAUAAUGAUUGCACUUAAUUACCGGCCCAAAAGAAUGAAAGUAUAAUUAAUAUACCGCUUAAACUGCUUAUGCUGUCGUUCAAAAACUGACAAAAGAGAGUUCCCUUAUCAUGUCGUCAGACAAAAAUAUUACCUAUGUCUAUGUGCUUGCCAAAAGAAUUAACUUUCAAUGCUAAUUUGAAGUUCAAUUGAACUUAACCUACUGGAAUAAACAGCUGGUUGCGAAAAAUAUAUGCUUCUUUAGUUUUAAAGGUGCCGUGGCCACAAGGAGUGAUCAAAGAGGAUUAGAAGGAAGCUUGCUGAGGAAAAAAAAAGACUCCUAUAAAAGAGAUUGAUGUAACGAUCAGAUUUUUCAGUGUUUAAAUCACUUCUUAAGAAUUUCUAGCUAUGCCUAACUAUAUCUACACUUGUAAGAGAAAUUGUAGAUCGAAAAUGAAAAAUAUAAAGUUUGAAGAAAAAUUGGCAUCAAACGAAAAAGAAAUGAAUAUUUUGGUACCCGGAAAGAUACCAAGCACGUAGGGUCAUCAUAGCUGGUUAAAAAGAAUGGUUUCUCCGUCUCGUCUAUUUUCACUAAGCGGCAAAAAAUCCGCCUGCUACGCACUUGUAUUCAAUAGUGUCUUGCUCUCGCGCGUUUUCCUGCGGUUCAUGAAGUUUGUUUGUUUCUACUGUGAGUCAAGUUUGCAUGUGUGGCCAUAAAUUAAUUUUAAAUAGUUGCAUAGUCCACGUAGUACAUUCGGUGAUUGUCACGAGUUCAAUUUUUCUCCUAGUACAAUUGAUAUCGCCAGCUUGAGCUUUUACAUUUUUAGCUUUCCGUAGCUGAUAAUAAUUCAAGUCUUAACUUAACGUAAAAGAUAUGGACACUUGACAUGCAUCCUAUUAAAAUGGAAUUUAAUCCUGGUAAAGGGCGGCUCUUUGCCGCACUGUAAAAACACUGAAAUAACAGCUGUUUUUAUAUUUGCCUAUUUCAUAACUGAGGCACUCAAAGGUUCCUGGGAAAAAUGAUUUUUUUUUUUCAAGAACAGAAACCUACAAGGAAGAGAGAACGCCGAAGACAGAAUUAUGUCGACAACAAAUUUCAGUAGCGGUAGAAGUCACACGAAAUCAUUUGAAGAACUGCUAUGCUCUCCCUCUUUGAUGGGUGCGCAUCAACAACUAUCAAUUUGUUUCUUAGCAGUUCAGAUUCUCCUCUCCAUCACAGCAUUUGCUGGAAAUUCUCUGAUCCUUUUUGCCCUUCACAAGGAAUCUUCCCUGCAUCCGCCGUCCAAACUUCUGUAUCGCUGUCUGGCAACCACUGAUCUGUUGGUUGGUCUUGUUGUUCAGCCUCUCGAUGCUACAUAUUGGAUGUCCGUCGUUCAAGAACAGUGGAGCCUUUGUCGAUACGCAUUUGACACAGCCUACAUCACAGGCUUUGCAUUGCUUUUAGUGUCUUUGAUGACGAUGACGGCCAUAAGCGUGGACAGACUUCUCGCCCUGUUGUUGGGGCUGAGGUACAGACAAAUUGUAACUUUGAAGCGCACGUAUAUUAUUAUAACAACUUUUUGGGUUUUUACUCUUGUCGCCUCUUUAUGUGGAAUUUUUUAUCGUCAUAUAAUCGUUUUGUACGGCUGCCUAGUUGUAUCAUUUUGCCUGGUAAUAUCACUCGCAUCGUACGCAAGGAUUUUUUGCACUCUCAGAUAUCAUCAAGCACAAGCACAAGAUCAACAACACCCGAGUCAAACAGAUGCACUGAACUUGGCGCGAUUCAGAAAGGCAGUGUACAGUGCGCUGUGGGUGCAGUUAGCAUUAGUUAUUUGUUAUGCACCAAUGUAUACAGUAGGAAUUGUGAUCGCUCAUACUAAAAAAUAUUCAUUACUCUUAGUCUUCACACAGAAAGUAGGACUUAUUUUACUUUACUUAAACUCGACGUUAAACCCGUUUCUUUAUUGCUGGAAGAUUAGUGAAGUGAGACAAGCAGUGAAGCGGACACUGAAAGAAGCUCUUUGCUAA